AUGACGCGAUCCAUUGUAAUUACUCGGCCUCCCUCCUCCGCCGCCGUCCGCUCUCCAGUUGUGUAUCCAGCGGUCAUUUCGGAGGGCUACGUAUCGAUUUUUACAUGCGUGUGUGGGCGGGUUGCAAGAAAGAGACGAGUCUUCGGUUCCCGCACGAAGCUUUUCCAAAGCUAUCCUAUGCUAAUUUCGACUCGGUCCGCCCCUAUUGAAACUUGUUUCGUUUCGCUUUUUUGGGUUGUUUUCGACCAUUUCGCAUGUGAGUUUCUUUUUUUUUCAAAACUUUUGCAGUUUCCUAAUGCUAUUCUACUGCUUUUAUAUCGUGCAUCUUUUCUAAUUUACUCAUCUUUGAAUCGUAUGCAGUGAAUGAGCUUAUCAUUAUUAUGGUUAGAAUUUUUUUAACUCCGAUUUUAUAUCAAGAUACUUUUGUGGUUUUAUUUUUCACCUUUUUUUCUCUUUUUCGAAACCAUCAGUUUUUAAAAAUUUCCCGCUUUUUUUGUGUGAGAUAUUUACUUCUUUUUCGUAAAUUUUCGGAAUUCAAUGAGAAUUUAUUUUUAUUUUAUGGGGAGAAUUUUUUAUUUUGAACUUUGAUUUGGAGUAUUUUUUUGUAGGCGGUCUUCCAGGAAUAUUAUUUAUGUUUUCGAAUUUAUACAAUCUUCUGAUUUUUCGACUCAUUUGUUUUUCUAUUUUUCAACUUCCUUUUUUCAGAAAGAUUUCUUUUUCUCUUAUGAAUUUUUGACGCGAUGUGACUAGGAAAUGGUGAAUAUUCGAACUCUCUUCCGUUCUCAUGUCCAUGUUAUUCGAGUUAAUUUAGAGAUUUAGUUCAAAAGUUUCGAAGAUUUUUUUUUGGAAGAGUAGUGUUUUUCGUUCUUACCGUUUUCAUUCGAGCUUUUUUGAUUACCAUCAAAAAAGUUCGCUAAGCAGAAAUUGCAAGUGAUUCUUUUCAUUCUAAAAAAAAACCGCACUGGCCAAAAUUUUUUUCACAGUUCUGAUUUCAGUUUUUUCCGCCCUUGGCUAUUUUUGAUCGUGAGUCUACCGCAAACUCUGAAUUCCUGAGUAUUUACCUUCACUUUUUGCCUCUGUCUCAAGAGAUUCUCGAGCGAAAACUUGCAAUUUAUCAACUUGUGUCAUUGUUCGUAAUCAAGCAUUCUUCAAGAAUGCGCAAAAACGCGUCUUCUCUGAUAAUUCGUUGUUCACACCCAUCACCUUCCUGUUUUUCGCUGUCUUUUUUUUAAUAUUCUGUCUCAUGUUUUUCUUCAUUCUCUUUUUUGCAUUUCACCUCUUUUUCAAGCCGAAACUUUUAGCUUCUCUCCAAAACAAAAAUGCGAAUAAUCAGGUCCUAGAAUAUUGCAGAAAUUUCUGGUAUUCGUAAGUAUUCCGUACAAAAAGUUUCAAUUUCUUAACUUUUUGAUGAACGCAGCGACAAGGAAAGUUUAUAAGAUGACUUGUGAUAUUUUGAAAGAUUUUUUGCGAAAAAGUUUAAGAAAAUCAAACUCACACGAGAUAAAGGCGUUCCAAAUUCAAAUGUAGGCAUUUUCGAACAGCUCUCAGGACGUGACCAAUCGAAAAUAUCAUUUUUGCUUCUCAGUUCAUUGAAUUUUCAAAAUCAGUAUUUUUUUUCGAAUAUUUUUCAACUUUUUCGCUAGUUUCCCUAUUUCUUGUUGAUGCCGAAAGAGUGAAUACACUUUUCUUUUAUAGUUUUUAUUUUUUUCUAAUUUUCGAUCACGCGUGAAAUAAUUCUCAAGUCGAAAUCGUAGAAACCUUAUUAGCGUGAAGUUGUGAAGGCUUUGACUUCCCAGACUCUUUUCGAGUACAUCGAAGAUCAAUUAUAAAGGGAAAAACAGAAUUACUGUGCUUUUCAAACCUUUUCAAUGAAUACUUUCAAAAAUAAUAUUACACUUACUACACUAGCAAUGAAUAAUUCUAAUUGUUUUUCCCAUAGAAUUUGAAUAAGGCCGCAUCUCGUGCAAAACUCCGUGCAACGCCUCCCUCUCGCCUCCAAGCUCCGCCCAAUCCAAAAUGAAAUGUCCUUUGCCCUCUGCCAUCUUUUCGUUUUAAUUUUGCCUGCUCGUUUGGUUUGGACCAAUAGGAAGGUGUCCGAUAUCAAAUGAGCGAAUUUCGUUGAUUGAACUCUAAUUUCUCUCAUCAUUCGUAAUUCACCUGAUUGGGUCAGCUUUUCGAGUCUGAAGUUCAGAAUGUAGAAAUUUCUUCAAAUUUCUCUACGGGUCUGUGGAAAUCCAUUAUAGUCGCCACCUGCAGUUUUGGAAAUGUCACAUUUUUGGCUCUGUUGAACAUCUGAUAGUCCGAGAAAAAUUUGAAACUUGAGAUUGUUUUUCGUUUUUAAUUGAAAUCAUGCUCUUUUCCUUACAAAGUUCAAGGUCUAAUUAAGACUAAUCAACUUAUUUCUUCUUGCCGAUUGAAAAAAAAGGAUUCUAUGCAACCUCAAUUUCUUAUCUCUACAGUAGUCUAUCAGUUUGUCAGACGCUUGAUAACAUUUUUUGCCGUCGUUAUCGGGCAAGCCGUUCCUAGAUAACAUUUCAGUUUCAAAAAACACCUGGAGAGUUUCAGAGUGGCAAACUGGCGGGGCGAACUUGCUCUCAGAGCAGCUCGCUGGCGACCGUCGUCGAGAAUCUUCCGCUCACCUACAACAUGGACACAAAAAGUCUCGAUAGAACGCCUUCUGUCGGCUCAGAACCGGUUCCUGCUUCUUUUGGUGUGGUUUACUGUUUCUAUUUACAUCAAAAUUUUUUUUUGGAAAAAGUUAUUGCCAACCGGUUUGAACUAUACUUCACAUGAUUCUGAUUUUUUUUGUUGCUUCAAACGGAGGAAGCUCAAAAAUUUGCUGAAAUAUCUUUCACCAAUUUUUGGGCAGUAUGUCUUGAUCGCGCUUUCAAGAGCACUUUUCCGUUAUUGAUUCACUAUAAAGAUUUUUACUUUUUCUUUUAGACGCCCUGAUACCAUGACAGAAGUUGGAAAUUUGGCAUGAUCGCUGAAAAAAACUUUAAAAGCUCGAAAUUCCAAACCACCGUGAAAAAAGAUUUUUUACAAAAAUAAUUGUUUGUGACUGAAAAUGAAAAAAAAAAUUCAAAUCACUCGACAGAAAUUUUAAAAUCUGGAACAUACAUAUAUUUCGAAAUCAUAGCCAUGCCAUACCGUUCAAAAACAAGACAAAGAUUUAUCGAAAACGAGUUUUUCUAAAUUCGAAUCUUAGAUCUGCCAUAGUUUUUUUUUUUCGUAACCAUCUUUCAAAUUUUUUUUUCUAGAGCGCCCAUUCCGCCGAGGACACAUCAGGCGGAGUUCUUACGAAUCUGCCCAGAUCCAGCUGAACUUCGCUCGGAGGGUCACAACCUCCAAUGGGACUCCUGCCCUUGCUCCUUCGGAAGCUUUGUACGUUUUUUUUUUUCAUGUUGAACAUUGAUGAUCGAAACUUAAUCUAAUUAAUUAAGAAAACUUCUACAUAAACAUUGCCAUUUGUUUACGAGAGUGUAAUUAAAUUCUUAUGAUCUUGUUGAUUGGUCUCAAUAUUCAGAGGAUUUCGCAGUUCUUUUGUUGAGAUUUCCGAAGAUCAAUAAAAACAGUUUUAAAAAAAAAAAACUGAUGAUUCGCAAUUUAUCAAAAUUUAAGAACUUGAAAAGACAUUUUUCCCAAAGUUUUUCAACCGGCCUUUAAUUCGAAUUGAUUCAUUUCUGACAUCGUAAGGGAACUGGAAAGAGUGUUUUUCUUGGCAAGUCUUAGAAGCAUCUGUUGCAACAUAAUCCGCCGAGUUUGAGUGCGAGCGUAAAAACCUAAACAUACGCUGGGUCAGGCCGCUUGCACAGCAACAGACGUUCUACUAUAGCUUUUUUUGUUUUUUUCUGAGGACUACACGAAGCAAAUUAUACGAUGCGUGAAGAAGAGGGGUUUAUAUCAAAGUUGAUUCGUUUAGGAAGUUUGCCGUCUCAAAAAAAUCUGUUAAACCUCUUUUUUUAUUACAGCAAAUAAAUAAUUUACAGAAUCUUUCAAAGCCCUAUUACUCAAAAAUAAAAAUGAAACUAUUUCUAAUUACUUGUUCCAAACAAGUCAAUUCAAAAAAAUUCAAUACAAUAUUCAAGUAUCAUUUUCCAAUUUAGCGGCAAAUCCAUUUUCCACAAAAAAACUUCAUUUUGACAUAUUGACCGGUCCGAAUUUAUUGCAUCUUAUUUGUAAACCAAAAGUUUUACUUUAGCGUUUCGGGGUAAUAUAUUCUUAACUUAACGACUUGAAAAAAAAGACGGUGGUACAAGCUGGCAAGGUCGUCGGGAAAUAAAAACGACCAUGAAAUAUAACGGCUCGUCGCCCUCAUCUCAUGCAGUUUACAAUCCUCAAUAAACAAUUUUUGGAAUGUUGCCUCGUUUAUUAGACCCUGGAGCAUAUUCCUGCCGUACACUCUGAAAGGCUGUGUGUAUUAUUAGAAAGCUUUGGCGGUGUUAUAGGGACCACUCAAAACGUAAUCCAUCAAAAGUCUCGCAUUUGUAAACAUACGAUUGCUUUUGCGUUUUGGAAACGUGCUAAUGGAAUUCUGGGGACGAGCUAGGGUUCUCGCACUUUUAACGUUCUUAUUUUUAAAUGAUGAACAUAGUUAUCAGACAAAAAAACAAAAAAAUAGUUUUUUAAUAGAUCUUCAUUUUCUUAGAAGGUUCUUUUGUGAUAGAAAUAAGUAGAAUUGUAAAGUUAAAAAAUUUUUUUCAGUGGCAAAUCACGAUUCUGUAAAUCUUCGAUUGAAAGAAUUCGUUCUUGUCAUAACUGAGAAGGUGCUUCUAUUCAUAAUAAAAAGGCCUGGAAAUUUGAAAUAAUAUGAAAGGCUGGGGAAAGCAGCAAAAAUCUCCGACCCGAAGAAAAAAAGAGAUCUAGCCUGUUUUGGACUAUUUUAGACCCUCUACUUAAAAAAAUAUUGGUUUGAAAAGUUUAGGACUCUCAGCGGGUCAAUUAUAAAAAAAGUUUCGGCUGAGAUUCAAUAAACUCAAAGCUUUAAAUUUGAAGAACUUCAUGUUGGCUAGAAAAAAAGAAAUCGAUCCGCAGAUCCAAAAAAAUUUAUUUAUUUUUUUGAAGUGAAGUGAAUAUAAAACAUAAGAGUUUAUUGGCAGGAAAACUUUCUUGCGUGAGAGGUUGUAAAAGUUGGAUGACUAUGACAAGUGAGUGGUAAAUUGACGGGCAUGUGGAGGGGACAUGAUGGAACCAGUCGACCGACGGCGAUUGAUCUCGCUUUGAGGAGCGCCGUGGGCUUCCUUUCGUUCCGUUUUCUCGCCACGUCGAUCUAUCGCUCCAUUUGGCAUCCUUUCAACCUUCAAUGGUUUUCUGUACCAUGUUGAAAAACAACUUUUUAUUUUUUGAAGGCCUAUGGAAUAUUUUUUUCUCCAUCAAAAAGUUGAAAUGAAUUUUUUUAUUAAAAUUUUUCAAAGACUCAUUAUAAUUAUGAAAGUUUCUUGUUUGAGGAACUUUUCUAAAUAUCAACAGAUUCACCAUGGGGGAAAGAAAUCUUUUUUAGAAGAUGGGUUCAGUACUGGUGAAUUUUUAAUCAUACUUGUUUUCCAGCAAAUCUUGAUGUGUUUUUUCAAAGAGCGCAAAAGUUGUUAUGAUUUUUUCUCAUGUCAUCUUAUAACUUUGCCCUUUUGUAUGGUCGAAAUCAGAAAUUGAAAGAGUAAUAAGAGUUCAUACAAAAACUGGAUAAAAAAAAAUUCCAUGAGCACAAUAAAAAAUAAGUGGCAGUUUUAUUCCAACUUCUUGUUGCAGGUGCAGCGAAGAAGCGAUUUGCUCCCUUCACUUGAACCCUAAAGGCACUGACUGUUCUUCAAGUUCUAGCGAUCCUGAGCAAUUGGAUUCUGGUCUCGGUUGUACAGGUGAUCAACAAAAAACUAACGAAAACAAACGUUUCUAUUUUCAGAAACAGAUUCGAAGAGAUCCUCCCUUGAUAGAAGGAGUGAACUUUCUGAUUUCGACGAACCUCCAAUCAAGCCGGAGACGUCCAAAAGUCGUUUUCUCAAUUUUUCAAGGUUUUUCAAAUUUUUUAUUUUUGAAUUAUUGGAAAGUCUAGAAACCUUUUCUCACGAGGAAAUAAGGUUGAAAAAAACCCGGAUGGAAAAUGUUCGGGGGCAAACAAAAGGACACUGGCGUCGUCCAUACAACUGGUCUCAUUUUGGAGGAACGGCCCAGGUAAAUUGUCAUGAUACAGUCUUUUCAGAAAUCCUUGUUUCUAUGUUUUCUGAUAUAACCCAACAUGAUACUGAAAAAACUUCCCGCUUUUUUCAUUUUAAGAGCUGACCAAUUCUCCGAACAGUCAAGAAGAACUUUUAAAAAUACCUCGAAGUUUUUGAAAAUCAAGAAACUCAAAAUUUCAGCGGACUUCCUUCAAAAUCAGCCGAAGAAGCAGCUCAUCACAAGCAGCUUUAUUUUGAUAUUAUCGAGCAGGUUUUCGAAUAUUCAGUCUUGAGCAAGUUCAAAUUGGCGUUUAGGCCAAGAAAAAGGAGCAAAGAGCUGAAAAGGACCGAAGGCAAGCGAAAGCAGAACAAAAACGCCUCGAAGAGCAAGCCGCAGCUGCGUGUAGAGUCUGGACGGAACAGAUUCUUCCAAAAUGGUCUGAAAUGUGAGAUUUUGAUGGAAACAAAAGCAAUUGCAUGAUUUUUUUUUUUGCAGGAAAGACACCAAAAGAUGUCGUGAACUCUGGUGGCAAGGCAUUCCAGCCAAAGUUCGUGGAAGAGUCUGGUCUUUGGUUAUCGGAAACGACUUGGAAAUUACCGAAGGUAUCGCUAAAGUGAUAAAAAAAAUAUAAGGAAUGAUAUUUAAUAUUAUAAUCAACCUAGUGAUUGCAAGGAACAGAAAUGGAUGAAGGUUAUUGAAAUUAAAUGUACCUGAGAUUGACCAAAAGAUGUGAAUAUUUCAGUAAAGGCUCUAAUAAAGUCAAGUAUAGAACUUUUUCAGUCAACAGAACACAUGUAAAUAAACCUCGAAGAAAAAAAAGUUGAUUUCAGAAUUCUACAAGUCUUUGAUCGACAAAGCCGAGAAGUACAUUGCUGAGCAGAUGCUCAAAGAGGCAAUGGUAAAAAAAAACAGAUGGAGCCGAAAAAAAGGAAAAAUUCAGAAAAGCGAAAUCGCCAUGGACUCGCCAAUAAUCCAGAUCGGACUCGAUGCGUCGAGAACUUUCCCAAACCUGGGGAUAUUCCAACGAGAUGGCCCUUAUUACACGCCCCUUAUGAAUCUAUUAGGUUUUUUCUUAAUUUUUUUUAAUUUUUAGAGUUAAAUGCUCAUUUUUGAAGAAAGAGUCAAAAAAAUGAGUAUUUUAUAGAUAAAACCAGUUUUUUCAGCCGCCUAUGCAAUAUUCCGACCCGAUGUUGGAUACGUCCAAUCCAUGGCUCUAAUUGCUGCCGUCCUUCUUAUUCAGAUGGAGCCUUUUCCGGCUUUCGUAGCCUUUUCAAACCUUUUGGAGCGUCCUCUUCAGGUGAACAAUCGAAAGAAUUACUACAAUUAGGAGCUUCAAAGUUACUGACAGUUGGCCGAAACGCAAAAAAAACCCUCGAGAGUUUAGUAUUUGACGGUGGUGCGAGAAAUAGUACUAUCUAGUGAAGUUUGACAAAAAUCUUGAAUUAAGAAUGAAUAUUAAUAUUUUUAAAACCAAUUUCGUGUUUCAGAGCGCAUUUUUCGGCUUGAAGCAACCACAGAUGACGGAAUAUUUUAUCGCAUAUGAUCGAUAUUUGGAACAAGAACUACCUGCCCUCCAUCAACAUUUCGAUAAAUUAGACGUCCGACCAGAUCUUUACCUCAUUGAAUGGUAUUAGUUAUUCUUGUAAAAAUCUUCAAAAAGCGUUUUUUUCAGGAUUUACGCGAUGUUCUCAAAAUCUUUGCCUUUGGAUGUCACUUGCAGAGUUUGGGACGUUUAUUUCCGAGACAAUGAGGAAUUUAUGUUCAAAACAGCUCUAGGUAAUUUCAAAUUUUAUAGAGGAAAAAAAGUUUUUUUGUUCAAGGCAUUUUGCGCAUGUACGAGACCAAGUUACUCGCGAUGGACUUUGACGAUUCUGUCGAGUUUCUGACAAAACUUCCAGAAACUCUGUUGGGAUCUGAACUUUUCCGUAAUACGGAGCAGUUCAUGAGACCCUACAAUGGAGAAUCAUCUCGCUCGAAAAAGCGUUUUUCUCAGGUAUUUUGGGGGAACAUAGAACGAACGGUUAACAAAAAUUUGCACUGAACAUUAAAGUUUUUUUCUGCGAGUGAAAAACAGAAUUUGAAAGAAGAUUGAAAUUUAUAGUGAACAUCAAAAUGAAAAAAAACAUUUUCCAGAAAAAUUGGUCCUUUUUUCUUUUUAAAUUGGUCUGAAGUCUCAUUUUUUCACAUUUUUCAGAAUGAACGUUUUCGAUCUAUAAAUUAUUGCACUGCUCCUAGCAAGCCUGAAAGCCAAUUUUUUUAAACAAAGCUUGCAAACUUCAAGAUUUUCUUCAAGAUUUUUUUAAGAGUGUUUUGACCAAGUUUCAAUCGAUAAAAAUUCAAUUAAUAGGGCGAUUUUUCUUCUCGUACAAAUGAAAUCCUCUAUGUUCUCAGAUUCUUCAAGAAAUCGAUGAAAGAGUGAAUCCUGGAGGAAGCGCUGCCCGAACUCAGAUCAACAACAACGUCCAAGGCCUCAAAAUGAGUAAAAGCCUCAGUGGAUUUAUUGGAGACCUUUUAUCUACUCCCCCACAAUAA